UAUAGGAAAAUGUUGUAACCUGAAUUCAUUAUGAAGCCUCAAAAUAGCAAUGUGCGCAAAUUCAGGGAUGGCCACACAUGCAAAAAAUUUGCCUUGAGUAUUUUUAUUUUUUUUUCCAAUGGAGUUCUUGUUUUACUUAUCUAUGGUUUAAGGAUAGUAGGUGUUGUACUGAUUGAAGUCCAAAGAUACAAAAGGAAACACUGGCUCCUUUACUCACUAUGUUGAGUGAAAAGGACAAGAUGUAGGCUAUAAUGUUUUCAAAAUGUCAGCAACUUGUCAGUGUCUUAGUGGCCUCAGCUAAAGUAUGAAAACUGUAGUUUUUAGUUUGAUAAUGUGGGGGUGUGACUAAAAAGGAGGAGUCUGUAGGAGUUGUGAGCAUUUGAUUUACACUUUGAUUUCCUGUUGUGGAGCAACUAAUGCCUGGAUGCUCAGUGUGUGUUGCUGAAUGAAUGGGCUUAGUGUGUUAAGUUAUAUAUGACCACACCCUACUGCUGUUGAGUAACACCACAGUGGAUUCUUUUCUUCCCUAUUUGUAAGCUAUGCUGUCCAAACAUGUUACAUUCAAAGAACAAUCAAACAAUUUCCUGUGGUCUUUGUUUAUGAUUAAUUCAAUACUUGUUCUGCAAAUGUGCCUACUGUAAGUACACAUCUGUACUGUUCAUUUACUGGGUCUGAUUAUCAGCUAAUAUUAAGUGGGAGACGAUCAGCUGGUUCAUACUAAUUUGGUUGGGUGUAGACAGAUUUAUUUGUAGAUGCUUUUAACAUGUGUUUCUUGCUCUGAACAUACUGUAAGCAAGAGGACAGUGUAGCCACAAAGUCAAAAACAUGAAACUCAGGCAUGUUUUAUACACAAAAGCUCUUUGCGUUUUCAAUAAUAAUUAAAAAAAAACAUUAUUUUGAUAUGUCAAGGUUAGAUAUUUAGAGGUGGUCUGCCUGGUUGAAACUACACAAAUGUUACUUUUACAACUCUGAAGAAUCUCUGGAUAAUCACUACCAAACAAAACAUAAACAUAAAAUGGCUUUGCUCCUCCCUUUGCUCCUUGAUCUUUCAUAUCAUGUGAGAAAAACAGGAAGCAGCAGGAGGGCGUGCUAACUUCACUCAACACUAAUGCUAUCGUGGAUAUUUAAAACGCAUGCACAUAUAGGAGUACUGUAGCCUAUGACUCCUCCUCUCUAAUCCUCUCUGUAAAUAAACCCCAUGUGCGUUAGAGUUUGGGUGACACUCCUGCUACUGUACGGAUUAGUCUCGUAUGCUGCGUUUACCUUGAACAGAAGGCACCGCGCUGUUUGUGCACGCAUGAACCGUGAUGCGGUUUUGCAGAUCUUGGUGUCCAAAACCUGAAAUGCUGCACAGUUGGUGCUGUAUUUAACGUUUUUUUUUUAAUCGCCUCACGAUCCUUGUUCCUACAGCAAAUGCACAAGUCCAUCCCUGGUUUUACCAGGCUGGCUCAGGCUCGCUGACAGCUCCGGCAUUAUACGCUGAGCGGCGCAGUUUCUACUGUACAGAUUCACCAACAUCCCCUCCCGCUUGUGCUAUUUCGAUAAGGCUCAUCCACAGUAUCUACAGAUCUACCCAACGCCAUCGCAGGACCUUGUUUGUUGCUCAUAUGCCAAUAUGAGAUUAUAUGAUGAUGCCGUAUCCUGGCGCUGCCUGUAUAGGCUAGAAUUAUUGAUAGGUUAAUUGGGAGCUACCGGGGAACCCUUGAGGGACAGUGUGUCUCACAGGACGUUUAACGCUUUUGACCUUUCACUGACAGCGAAUGACAAAUCAAAGGUUGGUGUCUGUGAGCGGAGCCGGGGUACAGAUCGCAUCUCCACCACCGCACAGGACGGCGCUCCCUGGAGAAUGGUAGAAAGCGGUCUGAAAGUUGGUCGAUAGCGGCGGAGAUAGCUUCGGUAUCGGCAGAGGGAGCAGCAGCGGAAGCACUACACUCGCAGGUUCCAUAGCGGCCACCCUUGGACCGAAGACAGGCCCGCUGAGAGAGGAGGACUGCAGCACCAUGGACAGCUCAGAUAUGGAUGCCAGUUAUGGCGGAGGACUGUUGGACAUGGUGAAGGGAGGAGCUGGGAAGUUCUUCAGCAACUUCAAGGACAACUUGAAGGACACGCUGAAAGACACCUCCACUAAGGUCAUGCAUCAGGUUGCCACGUACACUAAAGGGGAACUGGACAUUGCGUACAUCACAUCCCGGAUCAUAGUGAUGACCUACCCAGCGGAGUCAGUCCAGAUUGGCUACCAGAACCAUGUAGAGGACAUUCGCUCCUUCCUCGACAGUCGCCAUGCCGACCACUACACUGUCUUCAAUCUAUCGCAGCGCAACUAUCGUGGCGCCAAAUUCUCCAACAGGGUUUCAGAGUGUAACUGGCCUUCUCGCCAGGCUCCCAGCCUUCACAACUUGUUUGCAGUGUGUAAGAACAUGCACAACUGGAUCAAACAGAAUCCCAAGAAUGUGUGUGUCAUCACCUGCUCGGAUGGUCCUUCUCCCUCAGGUGUUUUGGUUUGUGCCAUGUUCUGCUUCUGCCACCUCUUCAACAAUCCAGUUCCUGCCAUGCAGCUGCUCAGCGCCAAGAGACCAGGCUCUGGUCUCUGGCCUUCACACCGCAGGUACAUAGGGUAUGUAUGUAGUAUGGUAUCGGAGAAGCCCAGUCUACCCCACUCAAAGCCUUUGGUUAUCAAGGCCCUCAACAUGAUUCCGGUCCCCUGCUUCAACAAGCAGCGUAGUGGCUGUCGACCUUUCUGCGACGUCCUCCUAGGAGAGACAAAGAUCUUCACCACUGCACAGGACUACGAGAGGAUGAGAGAGCACAGGGUCCAAGAGGGUAAAGUAGUUUUCCCUCUGGGUGUGAGUGUGCAAGGAGACGUCGUCGUUUCAGUGUAUCACAUGAGGUCGACCAUUGGAGGACGCCUGCAGGCCAAGGUGUCCAACACCCAAAUCUUCCAGAUCCAGUUCCACACUGGCUUCAUUGCUCCUGGUACCACCAUGUUAAAGUUUAACAAACCAGAGCUGGAUGCAUGUGACUCUCCUGAGAAGUAUCCCCAGCUUUUCCAUGUGAUACUGGAUGUGGAGGUGGAGGAGGUAGACAAGCAGAAAGACCUGACGCCGCCGUGGGAGCAGUUCCCCUGUAAAGAUCUCAGCCCCAACGUGCUCUUCUCCUGCCACCAGGAGCAUCAGGACGCGCUGGCUAUUGCUGAGCCAAGUCGGCCCCAUGGGGGUCUAGAGGGUCGGGGCCUUGGCGAGGAGAGCGAGCCCUCGGAUGAUGAGAUGCUCUCGCUCUCCAGCCAGCGCAGCAGCGCCAGCUCGGCCCCUCAGAGACCUGAUCCCCCAGCUCCAAUGCCUGCAGCCCCUGCACCCGCUGAAGAAGUAGAUCUUCUUGGCCUCGAUGGGGAGAUCAACCGCCCGUGUCCUUCAUCUCAGCCAUCUACUGCAGCUGCAACCACUGACCUGCUAGGGGACUUGUUUGCAGCUCCACCCCAGCCAACCAGUGGGCCAUCAUCUGCCCAGUCCACACCACAUAAAGUAGUCCCAAAUACUGCCUCGCCAUGUCACUCCCCUGCGCCACCAGCGUUUGAUCCCUUUGGGACAGGUCCCAUGCCUAAGCCUCAGGACAUGAUGGGUUCAUUCCUUGGACCAGGUAACGUGGUGCAGCCAGACCCCUUCCUGCAUGCUGCUCGCUCUCCAUCACCCACCCUGCAGCCUACAAGCUUGGGUCGGAGUUCACCUGUCCCGCCUACCACCCCAACCGUCAACAUUCAGCAGCAAAACGCCAAGGGAGGAUGGGACUGGAAUAGACCCGUUACCACAAGCACAGGAGGCUUUGGUAUGGGCAGUCGGUCAGCCACUACUAGCCCCACAGGCUCGGUCCACAGCACUCCCACCCACCAAACCAAGCCAAAUACCUUGGACCCGUUUGCUGACAUAGGUAACCUCGGGGGAAACCUUGGAGGUUCUGGCUUCUCCAGCAAACCCACCACCCCUACUGGAACUACCCCUUCCCUCCCUCCCAUGGGCUCCCCAUCGCGACCUCCUCCAUCUCCCCAGCACGCACCUGGCUUCCCCUCGUGGCAGCCGGGUGCUGGAAGUUGUGGAGGAUGGCAACCCCAAGGACAGGGCCCUGCCCCACAGCCAAAGCCCAGCCCCAGCCACACCCCCAUGCCUCACACAUCGCCCCAGAACCGACCCAACUACAAUGUCAGCUUCUCUGCAAUGGGAGGGGGUUCGCCAAGCGCAGGGGGCAAAGCACAGGCUGGCAUGGGUUCUAAGCCCAAGGCCUCGCAUGCCAACUUUGAUGACCUGCUGUCUGGUCAGGGCUUUGCAGGGACCAAAGAGAAGAAAGGGCCCAGGACUAUAGCGGAGAUGAGGAAGGAGGAGAUGGCCAAAGAGAUGGACCCUGAGAAACUAAAGAUUCUGGACUGGAUUGAGGGGAAGGAGCGGAACAUCCGUGCUCUGCUGUCCACCAUGCAUACUGUGCUGUGGGAGGGAGAGACACGCUGGAAGCCUGUGGGCAUGGCUGACCUGGUUACUCCAGAACAGGUCAAGAAGGUCUACCGCAAAGCAGUCCUGGUUGUCCACCCAGAUAAGGCGACAGGACAGCCCUAUGAACAAUAUGCCAAGAUGAUUUUCAUGGAACUAAAUGACGCCUGGUCAGAAUUUGAAAGCCAAGGACAAAAACCCCUCUACUGAACAAGUAGUUAGAGGAAAUGAGCAAGGAGAAGAUGUCCUUGCUGAUUCUGUCAUCUAAUCCUAAAAAUGUGUCACCAUCUCUGGUUAACAUACUACAACCGCACCCUACAACGUCUGCCUUUAUACCUGUGCUUUGACCCGUACUUCUCUUCUUACCACACACACAGAACACAGAACAUCCAGUUGAUCUGCAAAGACUGCAAAAUGGAACUUCAGCGCCCAGACUAACAGUGUAACUGAACAAAUAACUCCCUGUAGCUCAAAUCAACCUACCUACUGUAUGUAUGUGGUGCAACAUUGUUCUUCCUUGUCGAGUGUCGUUAGCCCUGAAUCGAGCCACCAAUCAAAGCAGAGACGAUGGACACACAAGAUAAGAAAAUCACAGCAAGGAGUAAACUGAGCAAGCAUGUCACAGACUGCUCUAAAUAAGGGAUUGAGAGCACCAGAUAGUGUGCAAGGCCCCGAAAGCAUUUACAUCACACAUCACUCAAGCCAUGUAGUCAUAAAACAUUCCGAUGGGGAAGUAAAUUUGUACGUUCUGUCAUAUCAAAGCCACAGUUUUUCAUGCAUUUAAAUGUUCCUAGAAAUGCAGCGAAGAACAGCGGCUAAACGUCAUUAUACAUUUUUAACUGAAGUGAAACUGAACUUAAGCCAAACCUGAUUGAAAUAGGUUUUUUGGUAGUACAAAUUAACAAUCUAUCGGUCUUUUUACAUUAACUCUGGUUAUAGGUUCGGUUUUUAUCUCUUCAAAAUUUAGUCUGCUGAAGAUAAUUGAAAACAAAAAACUAAAUUAAAUGAAAAAAAAACGUUCUACAAUAAAAACAAGUCAGAAGGCUGCUACAAUUUAAAUUCUAGACUUAAUAUUCAUUUGACAGAUUAAAAAAAAGGUAUUUCAUUCCCUUUGUAUGAUUAAUAUUUCAUUGUGCGUUUAUUACAGAGCCCAGGGGCUGAUAACAAGUACUGUAGGAGAAUGAUUUAUCAUUGGUGUGUCCGAUGUAAUCCCUGUGUGUUUCCAUGUUUGCAGGGAACUGGGGAUUGUAUAUUGUAUUUAAGGGAUUCGCACAUGUACAGUUCCAUACAUGAAGCAAUUUGAGGCAUCAUGCUUUCUCACUCAUACAGUAACAUGUAUUUUUGCAAGGGAGCUCUGUGAAAGCACAAACUGACAACUUUACUUGGCGCAGCUUUGAAGGAAAGCCAUUGUUAUUUAUUUAUUAGUUCAUUUUGUUCAUCUUCAUGUUGUUUUGUGUAGCAGACCUGCUGCAUAUUGGUUUAAAUUAACUGCACAUGUCAUCAGCUAAUGUACUGUAUGUAAAGGUCAUGUUUGGGAUUUAUAGGCCAUUAUCUUUAACUCAUCAAAAGGAAAACAUGGGACUAAUUUGUAAGAAUAUAUCACAGUUUCUGUGUGUAUAGCCUGUUUGAGUCUGCAGAAUCUUUUUCAUAGCUACAGAAAUGGCUCUUGUGUGUUUAAACACUGUAGUAAUGCUUAUCUGACUACAACGCUAAAUUGAGUCAUGGGUUGAUUUUGCAGAGAAAUGUCAGACUGAUGAGUUAAAUAAUGUGCUUUACUGUAUCGCACUGCUAUAUAUCUGCAAUUCCUAAUUUCACUCUGAUCCUACUUAUAUCUGCUGUCAUUACAGCACUUUUAUCAAAACACAGAUUUACAGCAAUUGCAACAUGUUUUUUUUAAUUACUUCAUUUACUUUGUUUACAUUUGUGAGACAUUUCUGUCACACCACUGACACUUUUAUUUAUAACUAUCAAGCAGCUUUUUGUCUGGAUGAAUAACAUUGACACUAUUUCAUAUCAGCCGUGAGGUACAACGCAAAUGGCUCAAAAUAUCAAUCUUUUUUCAGGAGCUGUUCAUGUUGCAGGUACCAUUUCUAAUAGUUUGAAUCCAGAAAAGAUGUCAAUUCUCUCCAUAUAUAUAAUUUCACUAAUGUGAUGUGUGAUUUUUCCUAUGUAUGAUGGAAAUUGACUUUUGACAUUAUCUUCUUGUGUAAAAAAUAUUCCAUAGUCCUGGGAUGAAGUCCAUGGGCCAAUAAGAAACAUAUGCAAAAACAAAAUGUAUGUAUUUACUUAUUAGCAAGCAGAAACUGAAGCAAUUCUCAAUUUCAUUUUGGGUUUUUCGGUUUUCACAGGACACUAACAUGAUACUAUACCAUCCUCACCUUCCAGCUUUGUGUUACUUACAGACUGUUAUUUUAAUGUUAGACAUCUGUGAUCAGUUCAAAAAUAUGUUUUAAAUCAAUUUCAACAUAUGCACAUUGAGUAUAAUAUUAGCCUUCAGAUGUUUAAGAUUUGGAGAUCAUUUUUUGGUUGUCAUCAAUCCUGGUUAAACAUCAUAAUGUUUUUUCUUUCCUUUAUUGGACUUCAUCAUUGCCCAGGAUUUCCAGAUUGUUCAUCUACGUUGAGGAUGUUUACUGUAUACUGAUCAGUGGAAAAAGAGAAUGACUGCUAUAAAGCGCUGUUUCUUCAACUGGUUUGGGACCCAGAAUGGAUCACAAGACACUGGGUCUGAAAAAACUCUGAUCUAGAGGUUACUGCUUUCUUUGGCGACUUACUAGACACAGGAGGUGUGUAGUAUGUGCUUCUGUGCUCUAUUUACAGAAGACCUAUAUGUAUAAUAACCCUCAUUAGCUCCCUCUCUGACUGAAUUCUCUAUCUGCAAUCUUACAGCUAUGUUUAAAAGCUAACCUCUAUAGUGUAGUCAAUGGAUGUGUGUUGUUUGAAGUUGUGGUAUGUAUGGAAGUGAUCAGAUUUGGAUACAGACUACUGUAUGUUAUGUGUUUGCUUGUCUGCUGUUCAAGUAUUACUAAAUUGUGUAAAAAUUCUGUUCAUGUGCUCCUUUUCAGUUCUGUUUACCAUUACAGGAUGUACAUAAUGAUCAAGUGCAGUGCACAAAAAAUAAAUAGUAAACAGAAAACA